GUUCUCCCGCCUAGGAAGCGGUCUACCCAGAAGUUACACUCCGCGGCUGGAAGUUGCCUAGAGAGGCGGAUGUUAACCGCCCAGAACGGAAGUUCCGAAGGCUUCAAACCCGCGGGGACGCAACUCACCAACGGACCAAGAUGGCGGCGCCCAGUCAGGGAGAGGCGUUUGCCGCGGGAGCUGAAAAGAAUUGGGGUGUAGUUCGUUCUCCAGAAGGAACACCCCAAAAAGUCCGGCAGCUGAUAGAUGAGGGGAUUGCUCCGGAAGAGGGAGGUGCAGAAGCUCUUUGAAAUGGGCAGGGAAGCCCCCCGAGCUGUCCCCGCUCGUGUGUGCAAAAUAUGGCUGGGUCACAGUUGAGUGUGACAUGCUUAAGUGCUCCAGCUGUCAAGCUUUUCUUUGUGCCAGUUUACAGCCAGCUUUUGACUUCGACAGAUAUAAGGAACGUUGUGAUGAGCUGAAGAAAUCCUUGUGCACUGCCCAUGAGAAGUUCUGUUUUUGGCCAGACAGCCCCUGUCCAGUGCUUGACAGAAGACAAGGUCAGCCUUCUGCUAAACCUGCUUGAAGAUGAACUUGAUCACCAAGCCGAUGAGAAAAAAGCUACAAGCAAACUGGGCUCAGACAUCCAAGUCCACGUCACUGCUUGUAUUCUCUCUGUGUGCGGCUGGGCAUGUAGUUCGGCUCUGGAACCUAUGCAGCUCUCCCUGAUAGUGUGCUCUCAGUGCAUGAGGAAGGUGGGGCUUUGGGGCUUCCAGCAGAUGGAGUCAUCCAUGACUGACCUGGAGACCUGCUUUAGCCACACCAGCUCCCCCUUUGCAGGGCCUGAGGGUCGGCCAGAGCGCUUCCCUCCAGUGCCCGAAUCUCCUCGGAGGAUAAUGACCCGGAGCCAGGAUGCCACAUUUUCUCCAUGCUCAGAGCAGGCUGAAAAGAGCCCAGGUCCCACUAUCUCUCGCACACGGAGCUGGGACUCUUCCAGUCCUGUAGAGCGGCCUGAGCCAGAGGCAGCCAGCCCCACCCCCAGAACCCGCCCUGUGACUCGGAGCAUGGGCACAGGGGACGCUGCUGGCCUGGAAGUGCCCUCCAGCCCUCUCCGGAGAGCCAAGCGCGCCCGCCUCUGCUCUUCAGGCAGCUUGGACACAUCGAGAAGCUUCUUUGAUCCCACCUGUCAGCACAGAGACUGGUGCCCUUGGGUGAACAGCACACUUGGCAGAGAAGCCAAGGAGAACGGGGGACCAGAGCAGGAUGCCAGUGCCCCUGCAGAGCCAGGAUGGAAGGCAGUGCUGAGCGUGCUCCUGGCACGUAAGCAGUCUAACCAGCCAGCUGAAGCCGACUCCAUGAGUCUAUCUGAGAAGUCAAGGAAGGUAUUCCGAAUAUUCCGGCAGUGGGAAUCUUUAUGCUCAUCCUGAAGACGUUCCAGCCCCUCCCUGGAGAGAAUUGGAAUUCCGGCUUAAUCCUAAGGAACCCCUGCCACUGCAAAGGCAGCGAGUGUCAGUCAUCUUCGUGACUGGAAGGAGACCUGACUCCGUUGCUGGGAGAGGGGAUAGCGCAGGCGCUGUUCUGUAAAGGCCUGCAGAGUUACUAAGCCACAUGAAGGACCACCAAGAAUCGGAGCACUUAUCUCAGCAGCUUUAGUGAGGGCGGUGUUCUAAGGACCUGUAUAUCCCAGGAGUAUGACAGUGUAUGUUAAUAAAGUAUUUGCUAAGAUA